AUGCAGAACCGAGUCGCAUUCUACAAACCUCUGCAACGGCAGCCAUUGUCGGGAAGAAUUGGAGAGCUGAUGCCGAUGGGGUCGCACCCAUUCACCUGCUUCAAUCCGGAUACGGUGCGCCGCAUGUCCAGUCGCUAUGGCGUCCCCGUGGACGAUGUGGUUGCGGCGCUGCGUGACGCGAGCGGCGAUGUCAAUGUUGCCACCGAGCUGCUUGAGCAACGACUGGACAUCGAGGUAGGCUUUGGCAGCUAUGGACUCGUCUGCUUAGAGUCGUACGCGCCAGAGACGUUUUGCCUGGUCUCAUACAACCUGCCCACAUUCGCCUCCACGCAAACGGAUGAGGUGCUGGAUGCGAUUCAUGAGCUGACGCUGUCAGCGGCGGAGCUCCCGCUGGACACCCCACACGACAGGCUCCUGGACAAGUUUCUCAAUCACUGGACGACAGAGGAUGACGUUCCAUGCGGGGCCAUGUUGCGAGCGUACGAUAUGACGGUGCAGCACAUCCUGCUGUUGCCGUUCGGCGACUAUGGCGUCCAGGGCUUUCACGUGCUGAUGCCGGUGAAGGAGGGGACGCCAAACAUAGGUGUUGCGGCUGCGGCCUGCUGCAUGGACUUGCGCACCGGCAUUCACAAUCGAUUCCGGUUUCAUGUUGAGCGCAUCGCCGACUCCGUCAGCGAGCACGUGGUGCAGGAGAUGCUGCAUUACAACCAGGGUGCUCACCUGCUGCGCCAGCCGUACUGGUUCCGACCCGAGUAUAGCGUGGAGGAAUUUAUCCGCUUCAAGGAGUCGCUGCUGCAGCCGAGCGCGUCGAUCUUUGAGAUGCGCUAUGCCUUUUUGUUCGCACCACAGUAUGGGCUGCCCCACUACCGCAACAUCGUCGAAAUGGAGAAGCUGAAGAUUGCACAGCACAGGUAUGAGAAGCAUUACGAGGACUUCACCGCACCGGGAAAGUGGCUGACAAGUGACAACGCCCAGCUGCAGACCGUGGCAGCCAGCGCAGGCGGGUCGAAUGUGCCGGGAGGUGCCAUGCACAACCACACGAACGACCCCGCGUCCAUUCAAACAGCGAUGGAGACCCGCACCGGCCCACUGCGGCGUACGCUGGCGCAGUCGAUGCAGGCGCACGGGGACCGAGUCUUCAACCGCUUUUAUCGAAACAACGCUCACUGA